UAAAAAUCUACAGUGACUGUACAAAAACGGCGCGCCGUAGAAAUAAGAAAAUCUACGCCGUACAAUAAGAAUGUCGCCAACAAAGGCAAUCCGUUUUAUCAUGCAGAAUAUCUCCACAUGGAUUUUACAUAUAUGUAUGUACGGAGGAGUGUUUGCAUGUAAACUAACUCCAUUUAGGAGCAACUUGAAUCACGAUGGAUUUCUUUGGAACUGUAGUCAUCAACACAUCGAUUAUAUUCCGGAUAUCCCCGCACAGCACAGACCGGGCGUAAUAGCAGUGGAUUUAUCUCACAAUGAUUUUAAAACGAUACGAGAGGAAACAUUUUCAAACCUCACAGCUGACAUAAAAUUCUUGUUUUUAAAUAAAAAUGGCAUUGUCUCACUCGAAGCGAAUACCUUUAGAAGGGUUUCCACAAUGUUACUGCUUGAUGUUUCAGGGUGUUCUCUUGAAACCAAAUCCAUACACGUAGGAGCUUUUAAUAACCUCAGUCUUCUAGAAACGCUGUAUAUCAAUGAUAAUUCAUUCCAAUCCUAUCCAGCAGUCGAAAUAUCAAAACUAGAAUCGCUCGUAAACUUGACAAUUGAUAUAUUUCCUGGAUUCCAAUUCGAUGACAAUUUCUUGAAGUUAAAAACUCUUGGUAGCAUAUAUUUCGAACCGCAAGGGUUAAUCACUCUGACCAAUAUUUCAUUUCAAGGUCUCCGUAACUCGCCUAUACAUUACUUGGACCUGAACGUUUAUAACGAAAUAGACAAUUUCUGCAAAGGUCUUCCUGAUGACCUGUUUUGCUCUUUCCCAUUCCUUAAGGGCUUGUCUGUUUCUUUUGGUAUGAGCUGCGGUGUUAAACGUGUACUGCGUACUUUGAAAUGCCUACAAGACAAACAGUUGGAUUAUUUUCAUUCUUCCGAUAACCAUGAACUGAACAAAAUGAAUGACGUCAUCAUUGACGACUUUGAUGUUGAAUACUUCAGAAAUGUAUGCAUAAAGGAACUCAUUUUGCGAAAUAAUGACAUAUCACUGGUAGAAUUUCAACUUCCUUUAGGGAAGCUUCAAAGUUGCUUAGAAGUGGUAGAUUUGUCUUCAAACCAGAUUCAAUUCACAUCGAACCAGCGGGUGUGGUUGGGUCUGAUAUUGUUUACACCAAACAUUCAAGUGAUUAAAAUAUGUUGUCAGAAUGCACGGUCGUCAGUCAGUAAAACCUGGGAUCGCUCUUAUUCGGACGAGUAUAAAAGCCGCCGUGGAACAAGAUUAAAGCAAUUCGCUCCAUUCAAAGUCAUUCUCCCCAAAACUCUGAAGUAUUUUGAUAUUUCGAUUGCUAACAAAUUUUUUAUAAACCUGCAAAAUAUAUACAUCUACGCUAAAAAUUUAAUAUUUUUGAAUAUCUCUGGGACAACGUUUGGUGUAUCAGAUAAUUAUAAUAGAGUCUCUGUUGACCUCGAUUUUCCAUUGUUAAGAGAGAUGGACGCUUCGCACACUAUAACAUAUGUGCAUACGUUAUCAUUACAAAAGUUGGUGUCUCUCAAAUCAUUAACAGCCAUUGCCAGUGGUGUUAUAUUUAAUGAAUAUGAAGUCAGGAAAAAAAUAUUACAUGGCCUAAAGAGCUUGAAAUAUGUUGACCUAUCAUAUAACAAUAUUUGGAAUCUUCCACUCGAUUUCUUUGCAUCCCAGAAAGAUUUAAACAUGACAAUUAAAUUGGAUAGAAACAAUUUAGGUACAGAUACAAGUAUUCCGAAGGCACUUGGCAUUGUGGACAAUAUCCAUCAACUUUAUUUGAGACAGUGUUACGAUGAAAACCGUCAUGGAAAUGUUUAUGAGCCUCUGCUGACUCUACGCGUGUCAACACUAUACCUCGGAACAGACAGGCUUGACUGUUAUUGCGCUUCAAAACAUGGGUUUAUGACAUUAUGGAAAAUUAGAAGCAAAAUUGCAGAUUUGGAUGAAAUGAAAUGUGAAGUUUUAAGUGUAAAGUAUCGGAACCUCAAAGAGCUAUUUACAGUUAAAAAUUGGAGUAGUUUUCGUUUGAAUUGUAUUGUGCAAGACUUUUUGUUCGUGUUCGCUAUUGCACUGUUGACAGUCACGCUUUCCUGUCUGAUCUUUACUAUGAUCAUGUAUAAGUUUAGCAUCAUUUCACGUUGCAAGGCAUUUGAUUAUCGGGGGAAAUUUCAGGCAAUGUACAGAACAGUCUGUGAGUUUUGCAAUGAAAGGAGACGGCGAAAUGGGCAUGUAUACAGUCCUUUGAAUUCAGAAGAAAUCGACACGACACGUCAAGGAAAUGAUGAUACACAUAUGGCAAUGGCCUCUACAGAAACUAAUGAUGAAAUAAGGGAUAUAAAUUAUACGUUCCAUUCUGUAGAACAAACAAGGGAUAGAGAUGAUACUUUCCAUUCUGUAGAAACGGGAUCUGAUAAAGCGUCUCACCAACCUGAAGACUGAGAGAGAAUGCUUACAAUUAGUGCCACCCUUGAACAGUUGAUAAUGUGAUUUAUUAUAUUUUCAUGUAAAAUACUGGAAUAUGAUUGGUCGAGAAGUAUUUUAAAAAGCAUAAUAUUUCCCUUUGAGAAUAGAAAACGCGCGCACCAGGGUUGCUAUUAUCUAGCAACGGGUAACAUUACAUAUGUCAAAUUUAUGCGCGUACGGUGCGCCGUACAUUGUUAGAUGACGACGAAUAAAUGCGAAUAUCCGCAUUGAUAUACAAAACACCACAUGGUAGCAAUUGUUCAAAUGUCAACAGACAUUAGUGUUUCUGCUUUGUUGUUUAAAUAUCAUUAAGUAUGAUGAAAGAAAUAUUGCAUCUAGUUGAAGGUAACAUUAAAUAUUUUCACCCCUCGAGAAACGAUUGCCAACCUCGGUUACGUCUCUGUUGAUAAUGGUUUUCUCGGUGUAAAAAUGUUUGUAUAAUAUUGAAUGGUGUGUAAUAUUAUGAUGUGUUGUAUACUGUAUAUUGACUGGGUUUGAGCACAAGAACUGUUUUGUUUGAUCCGUUCAAAGGUCAAACAAAACAGCUGUUGUCCGAGGACACAGUCUAUAACUGUUUUGUAAUUCACCUUCAUUUUUAGGUUUUUAUUAGACGCAAAUGGUUUGUUGACUUUAACUUUUAACAAAUCAGAGUGAUUGCGAAAAUUUAUCAAUGUACAUGUAUCCAUUAGUUUAAAAGAAAAUAUACCCAAUAUCAUAAUUAAUGAUUACGUUUUUUUAUGUUUCUAUUCUUCGUCACAUCUAAUAAAUUCUGUAUUUCACCAUCUGUCAAAUCAGUGAGCCUCGUCAUUACGUAAACAAAGCAGCAGAUUGAUAAUCACGUGACUUGCGUAGCCAAUAGAAAUGGAACAGACUAUUGCCUGGUCAACAGGUCGUAAAUUGCUGACCGGUCAGUAGACCACGAGUGUGAGAAUUGAUAUAAUAGUUUUAAUGUAGGUUCUAAAUUGUAUUAGUUUUAUAUAUAACAAAAUGAAGGUGUGUAACAAUAUGCGUUGUUUCUAGGCUGUAUGACAUGUGUUGUUUAUAGACAGUAUGUGUUGUUUAUAGACAGUAUGUGUUGUUUAUAGACAGUGUGUGUUGUUUAUAGACAGUAUGUGUUGUUUAUAGACAGUGUGUGUUGUUUACAGACAGUAUGUGUUGUUUAUAGACAGUAUGCGUUGUUUAUAGACAGUAUGUGUUGUUUAUAGACAGUAUGCGUUGUUUAUAGACAGUAUGCGUUGUUUAUAGACAGUAUGUGUUGUUUAUAGACAGUAUGCGUUGUUUAUAGACAGUAUGUGUUGUUUAUAGAUAGUACGUGUUUGUUGUGUAAUUUUACAUAUUCAACUGAUGCUUUUUUAUGCUGUGUACUGGUACCAUUUUUAAGGAUUAUGAUACAGUUUAUGUACAUAUUUUAUUGUUUUCUUCAUAUAAUGCACUACAAUUGUACAAUCCUGUGUUAAAGGGACUGAUUCAUGAUUUACCCCAAAAGUCUGUUUUUCAAUUUUAUUGCUUAAAAUCUAUUGUCUAAUGUGUUUAAAGGGUUUAUUGAUUGAUUGAUGUUUUCCGCCACACUCAACACUUUUUCAGUUAUAUGGUGGCGCCCAAUUUUUAUUGGUGGAAGAGAGAACCCAGAUACAAACCUGGUAAACUAACCAAAAGUAAACUGGGAAACGUUCUCACUUACCGACGUGAGCGCGAUUCGAACCCACGCACAGAGGUGAGAGGCCGUGUUGAGCGCGAUGCUCUAACCUCUCGGCCACGAAGGCCCUUAAAAGGUUUAACAACAAAUAAGGUUAUACAUCAUGAGAGAGGCUCGUUAUAGAGAAUUUAUCAUUUGUUUUGUAAACAAAAAUUGUAGUACAUGUACAUGUAUGUUAUUGUUUACGAAGUUUUCAAAAGAAAUGGAUAUCGAUCUAAGUUUAUUUUAUAUACCGGUCACACAUUUCAAGUAUUUAUUUAGCUAAAAUGUAUCAUUUAAAAGUUAGGUUUGUGACUAUGCAAAAUUAAGAUGCUUUGAAUUACAAAAUUAACAUUUCACUGGUUUGUUUUCAAACAUAAAAAAGACUCGAGUAUUUGUUUACAAAACACAGUUGAGGUUAAAAUAUUGCUCUUAUCCUUGCAUUCAGAAGGUCAAAAGUUGGCUGUCGACAGUAAAUGGUGAUCUAUAUUUACAAUAUUGAACAUCAAAAAUGAAAAAUAUAUGUUUUUGUUCUUUAAAAGAAAACGUGAAUCAGUCGCUUUAAGAGCGAUCUUCUGAUUCUGGUUACACCUCCACAUAAUAAGAAACAGGAUUAUUGUAAAACGAUUGUGCUUGCUUGGAGGACAGUUAAAUUUCAGUUGAGAUUGGUGUUGUCAUAUGUACUUAAAACAUCACCAAACAUUAUCAUAUACGUGUAGCAAUAUCAUAGAAAUUUUUAGCGAAGAAUGGCAUGUUUAACUUCAAAUUGUGGCUUUUUGUUGACAUUCAUACAAUCCUUAGCAUUAAUUCAUUUUAUAUCAUUGACAUACCGGUAUAUAUAUGGCGAAAAAUAUUUUGCUUUAUUUUCAAAAUGAGCGAUGUGUACUGAGAUGAAUGGCUUAACAUAGACAAACUGUUUCAUGAACAGAAUGGUGCUCUAAGGUUUUGCACAUGUAUAGUCUGUAAAUCGAAGAUUUAUAUUUAAAUAAAGUUAUUGAAAGUU